AUGGAGUUCGUGACAAAAAGGGUUCUAGGCUCUACAUUUGUGUCAAAGAUAUGCUUGCACAGACACAAAAAGAUUUUCUGUGUCUAUGGUCGGCGCAAUGCAUACAUUAUGAACUACGUCCUAGAACAACUGCAGAAAUUUCUUGAUGAAGAUGUCAGGGAAGAGUUUCUGUGCUGCACAUUUUGCGAUUCCAAGAAUAAAACUUUUUUGAUACUGGGUGGCGAGCGAGGAAUCCUUAAAGUAAUCGAUCUCAAUCUUGGUUCAUUUUACAUCGCACUGAAAGGGCAUGGCGGUCCGAUAAUCGAUAUGUUGCACAAUGAGAUCCGUCCAAAUGUUGUGUUCAGUGCAAGUAGUGAUACGACAAUAAGAAUGUGGGAUAUACACCGUGUGUGUACUUUAGCUAUUUUUGGUGGCUUGGCCGGUCACGAGGACGUGGUCCUGAGCAUUGAUAUGAGUGCCGAUGGCAAUUACCUUGUGUCCAGCGGUACCGAUAAUUCCAUAAAAGUAUGGUCGAUUCCUAAUAUAACAGACAAAUUUACUGCCAAGGACACAUCUUCCGUGCUGGGAAAAUAUCAUUUUGUAAAUUCUGAGUUCAGUCGCGCCGAUAUUCCCAUUAAAAUAAACUACCCUAUUUUUAAUUCACAGGUAUUGCACAAAGCCUAUAUAAAUUGCGUGAAAUUCUUCGGAAACGUAAUCAUAAGCAAGAACAUCAGCAAAAGACUGGCAAUUGUCAAAUUCAAGGGUAACUAUGAAAUAUACAAAAACUCCGUAGACUCGGACGUUAUUAUCCUGAAGGAAUACAAAUUUAAGGAGAAAUUGAUACAUAAGUUCACGAUUUUUGGCUCUAAAUUGGUGAUAUUUGACGAGAAAGGAAAUUGUCAUAUAAUCAACCUGUCCUCGUAUGAAGAACCUAUCCAAACAGUGCACGUAGAUAACGUGAAAGAUGCUUCUUUGAUCAACGAUUUACUUUUCGUUGUAUCGAACAAUAAUGAAGUUCUCUGUUAUUCAAUUAAUUAA